UAAUAUGUUAUACAUAUAAAUCAAAAAUAGCCAUAAUAAUUUCUUGUUUAUUACUUGAAGGUGUACUUGGUUAAAAAAUAUCUUUAAUUCAGCAGAUAAGAUGAAUAAAACCAUAAUUUUUGUUACUUUGGUGCUCCUUAGCUUUUCAUGCGUCAAAUCUGAUGAUAAUAUCAACCGUUUUAGAGACCUACAACGCCAACCAAGAAUUUUCAACAGCGCUUUGUUAAACACGCAAAAUUAUGUUAACAGUGUCUUUAAUCUAGGUUGUACUAUAGUAAAUUUUUUCGUUAACACCAUAAUAAGUGUUCAACGGUUUAUUGUUAAUACAUUAAUAACGUUGUUAACAUCAUUCCGCGGUAUUCUGUUUACUGCGUUCUUUGAUUUUCUUAUAAAUAUUGUUAAUGCCAUUGAUACAACUGUUGCUAGUAUAUUUCAAGGAGUAUCUACACUAGGCUGUGGUACAACUACUGGCAUUGCUUCUUUUAUUAAUACUAUAAUUGGAUUCAUUAUAAAUAUAUAAUAUUAAAAAAAUAAACGAAAGAGAUUUUUAACAAUGAUGUGCGUAGUGUAAUAAAUUUUUGAAUCUUAUGA